AUUUUGGAUUCCACUCUGCGAAGCACACUCUCUGUGCAGCGAUGGAACUUGGAGCAUCUUUGUUGUAUCUCGAUCCAAUCGAAGUGAAUAUUUGAAGCGUAUUGAUCGUUAAGAUUGGUGGAGUUAAUGUCACUGUUCACUUACGCGUUAUUCAGAAUCUUCAACUCAUUGAGUGUACAGAAAUAAUUCGUCUGCUUCAUCUUGUGUUUUCUGACUCACUCUCACCUCACUGCAUUAAUCGAAUUGCUUGUUCCUUGGAUUAGUUCUUUGCAUUAACAAGUUUCAUCUGUGUUAAAAGCUACCUGAAAAUUUCUGCUCCAACAAACCGAAGGAUGACUUUGUAUUUCUCUGCCUUCCAUUAGAGAAAUCUCCUUUAGCACUUUCAGGUGCUCAUUACAGGUUAAAGGCUACCUGAAAAUUUCUUCUCCAACAAACCAAAGGAUGACUUUGUAUUUCUCUGCCUUCCAUUAGAGAAAUCUCCUUUUGCACUUUCGGGUGCUCAUUACAGGAAUUUUUAUUUGGAGAUGAUUUCUCACGAGCAAGAUCCUGAUGUUGUUCGAUGGGGCCUUGAACUCUUCGAUGGAAACCCAUUUUCUAAUUACGGGUAUUGUGGGAACGUUCAUGAUGAGAUACAAUACUAUCAAGGACAAUGUUUUGAUGUAGAUAAUUAUAACAAGGCAUGCAACAUAGAAAAUAAUGAGCUUAUUGCUCAAACUCUUCAAGAACUCUCACAGCUUGCAGUCGCAGAGCCAGUAUCCUUUGAUGAAGGGACAGAAAAUGUACAACUUUCCAUGUGUCCACAAGAUUGGUUUAGUCUGUCCAUUAAUACCUAUGGUUUUGAGCAUAAUAAUGAUCUGGAAGAGGAAGAUGAUAGUUCAUGUACUAUGCCUGAUGAGACAUCCUACAGUGGGGAUGAUUGGUCAUAUUCUUUAGAGCUGACUGAUGAGUAUACCCUUGAUGGAGAAGUGGGAAAAAGAUUGAAUCAGAUGAUCUCAAUUCCUCACGUUCCAAGAAUUAAUGGAGAAAUUCCUUCUGUUGAUGAGGAAGCUUUAGAUCAUCAAAGGCUAUUGGACAGACUGCAGCUAUAUGAUUUGAUCGAGUUGAAAGUGCAAGGAGAUGGUAACUGCCAGUUCCGUGCUCUGUCGGAUCAAAUUUAUCGAACUUCUGAGCACCAUAAAUUUGUGAGGGAGCAAGUUGUUAAUCAGCUAAAGUCAUAUCCAGAGAUAUAUGAAGGAUAUGUCCCCAUGGCCUAUACUGACUAUCUGGAGAAAAUGUCCAAGAGUGGGGAAUGGGGCGAUCAUGUCACUUUGCAGGCUGCUGCCGAUACGUACGGUGUUAAAAUUUUCAUGAUCACAUCAUUCAAAGAUACCUGCUACAUUGAGAUCCUUCCUAAUAUUGAAAGGUCCAAAAGAGUUAUUUGCUUGAGCUUUUGGGCUGAAGUGCACUAUAACUCAAUAUAUCCUGAAGGAGAUGUACCCAUGUUUGAGACGAGGAACAAUAGAUGGUGGAUGCUUCAAAACGAGCAUCUGGAAUGACGACACAAAUAGCAAUUUUUCAGAUAUUGCUAAUCACAAUCUUCACUAAGUUGUAUGGACAUUUCAAUCCUAAUUGGAUUCAUAAGAGUUAUGCAUUUCAUAGCGCGUUUUCCUGCUAGGUUUUGUUCCUCUGUGGAACUCAAUGGGAAAAAUUAUGCGAAAUACAGAAAUACUGCCAUGCUUUUUGAUUAAUAUGUGCAUCUCUAACAUUUGCUUGGAAUCUUCUUUUCCCCGUCAUUUUUUUCGGGUUCAAGUAACUUCAAUUGUAAUUUCACACUUGGGUUUAAGCGCUUUAAGCAAAUGCUAAUUAUGUUAUGCUAUUUUCUGCUUCUUUA